AUGCAGUCGCUCAAGUCGGGCGUGUCCUUGGUGAGCCGGAGUCGGCAGGCGUCUAUCAUCAAGCAUACAUCCUCUCAAAUCCAACAGCCAUGUAGCAGAGGCAUGGCAGGAUUUAAUGGCCCACUUGACUGGGUCAGACAAAAGUUCUCUCCGCAGUUCAAGGUCCCCGAGCGUCCCAAGCCCCCGUCCACCACCUUUGACGAGGAAACCUGCCAAGCAGGCAAGUCUUCACCUGUUUUCGUAUCAAAGUGUCUAAAUGUAGCUUGGUAUACGCAGCACAAAUUCUCGACCGCCAACUUCAAGAUUUCGCAUCGCAAACUGAAUAUGCUUGGCCAACAAAUUUCGGGGAAGCCUAUAGACUACGCGAUCAUGCAGAUGCAGUUCAGCGAGAAGCGGGCGAGUAAACGCAUAAAGAGCAUGCUUGCCACUGCCAAGCACCAUGCUACGUACUACAAGAACAUGGAGACCUCAAAGCUUAUUGUUGCCCAAGCCUGGGUGACAAAAGGACCUCGGACCUUGAAACGCUUAGAACCCAAAGGUCGCGGCAAGUAUGGCAUACGUGUACAUCCAGAUUCUCGCAUGCAUGUCAUUCUGGAGAAGGGCAGGACGGCUGAGGAGAUUCAGAAAGCGGAACGGGAACGCAAGCUGAAGCGGAUCGUUUCCGCUGGCCUAGUUCGGGAGGAUGUUCCGCUGAGGAACCCAGCUGGUGUAUGGCGAUGGUAG